AACUCUGAGGUCGUCCUGGUCUCUGGUGGACACCAUGAACUACGUGGGCCAGCUGGCAGGUCAGGUGCUUGUGACCGUCAAAGAACUGUACAAGGGCAUAAAUCAAGCCACUCUAUCGGGCUGCAUCGACGUUGUAGUCGUCCGUCAGAGAGAUGGAACGUACCAGUGCUCACCAUUUCACGUGCGCUUUGGCAAGCUGGGCGUGCUGCGCUCCAAAGAGAAAGUAAUUGACAUUGAAGUGAAUGGGGAGCCUGCAGACCUGCACAUGAAGCUGGGGGACAAUGGAGAGGCCUUCUUUGUCCAAGAGUCUGAGGAGCAGAAUCAAAUUGUCCCUGCACACCUGGCCACCUCCCCGAUCCCCACUGAGAGUCACCUGUUCUGGAUCUCAGAGGUGGAGCACAGGACACCAAAAGAUCUGGAGGAUGACCCUGCAGACCCAGAGGACCCUCCCGAGCCUCCUGCUCCCAGCACUGUGUCCACAAAAAAGAAGAAGAAACGCAGGAAGAAGCACAAGGGAGACCCUCGAAGAGAAGAGCUGACCCCACCCAUGUCGGUCACUACUGGUAAUGCUAUUGCUGCUAAUGCGAUUGCUGCUACAUCUGCUCCUCUGUCUAAUACUGGGCAGAAUGAAGAGAUCUUUGAGAUGGACAUGAGCUCUGAUGAGGAGGCUGCAGCACAUGUCUCUCGGUCCCCUUCAGUGAGCACAAUGCGUGACAUUGACCCAAAAUUACCUGCAGCUAGACACAGUCUUGAGGAGUAUCCCUUGUCUGAUGGUGACUGGCAUGCAAAUGACAGUCACGGCUUUUCACAGGCCUUCUCCCCAAAGAGUGACUCUGAACUGCUCAUCAGGCCUUCAGAGAGUAUGCUCCGAGCAGAGUCCCACAUGCAGUGGACCUGGGGAGAAUUCCCAGAAACAACUAGGGUCACCAAGAAAGAUAAACCAGAACCACUAAAAAGGGUGACCAUCACCCCGUCAGAGAGCACACACUUCCGCGUCAUUCUCAGUUCCGAGGCCAUGGAGAAUGAGACGGAGAUCGAAAAGGAAGAUGGCGGCUCCCCACUGUGCACUAUUGUCAAGCCUCAGCCACGCACCCCUGUCACCCCUGUCACCCCUGUCACCACUGUAACACCAAUGAAUCCUCUCACCUCAGUCAGUACCAUUAGUCCUAUAACCCCCACAGAACCCCUGGAUGUCCUGCCUUCCAGUGUGGCAACCUCCACCCCAUCCAACAGCCAACAGUUGAGUGAUUCACCCUCUAAGAAGAAAGGUGUCCCGAAGAGGAGUCAGCAUCAGGGUCCUGAGGAUAUCUACCUAGAUGAUUUGAAUGUCCUUGAACCUGAUGUUGCUGCAAGAUAUUUUCCCAAGAGUGAGUCGGAUGCAGCCUCUAAGCACUGGAUGGACUCUGACAUGCGCUCUGGAUCACAGUCCCCUCAGUCAGUGGGUAGUGCUGCAGCAGAUAGUGGGACAGAGUGUUUAUCUGACUUGGCCAGUGACCUCCCUGAUGUUACCUUAUCUCUGUGUGGAGGCCUCACAGAAAAUGCAGAGAUAUCCAAAGAAAGGUUCAUGGAGCAUAUCAUCACCUAUCACGAAUUUGCUGAAAAUCCGGCAAUUAUAGAUAACCCCAACUUAGUAGUUAAGAUAGGAAAUAGGUAUUAUAACUGGACACUAGCUGCACCCUUGAUUUUAAGUCUACAAGCAUUUCAGAAGAAUCUACCAAAGGCUACAGAGGAGGCCUGGGUGAAGGAGAAAAUGCCAAAGAAGUCUGGCCGCUGGUGGUUCUGGCGAAAGAGAUCAGACAGUACAAUCAAGCAGUCUGAAACCAAGCUUGAAACCAAGGAUGAGUCUCUUUUGGAGGAAGAAGGGCCCUCCGUAUCUCAGGAGAAGCUGGCCUUAUCGCCUAAAGCAGGAGAUUCAUCCAGCGAUGAGGAGGCCAAGGAGGUGAGCGCUGCAUCCUGUCAAGAGAGACUGCAGCCAGUCGAAGGCCACCACCACCCCAUCCCCCACACUUACAGGAAGUCACUACGCCUCUCUUCUGAUCAGAUAGCCAGUCUGAAAUUGAAGGAGGGACCGAAUGAUGUGACGUUCAGCAUCACCACUCAGUACCAGGGCACAUGCCGCUGCGAGGGCACCAUCUACCUGUGGAACUGGGACGACAAAGUCGUUAUCUCUGACAUUGAUGGCACCAUCACCAAGUCAGAUGUGUUUGGACAGAUCCUGCCACAGCUGGGGAAGGACUGGACCCACCAAGGCAUUGCCAAGCUUUACCACUCAGUCGCUGAAAACGGCUACAAGUUCCUAUACUGCUCAGCUCGAGCUAUAGGCAUGGCAGACAUGACGAGAGGAUACCUGCACUGGGUCAAUGAUGGAGGCACCAUCCUGCCACGUGGACCCCUCAUGUUGUCUCCCAGCAGCCUUUUCUCCGCCUUUCACAGGGAGGUUAUCGAGAAGAAGCCCGAGAUCUUCAAGAUUGAAUGCCUUACAGACAUCAAGAACCUGUUCCAGCAUAACAAGCAGCCAUUCUACGCCGCCUUUGGGAAUAGAGCUAAUGAUGCGUUUGCCUAUAAGGAGGUGGGAGUUCCUGUGUGUAGGAUUUUUACAGUUAAUCCCAAGGGAGAGCUGAUCCAGGAGCAGACCAAGGGCAACAAGUCUUCUUACGGCAGACUCAGCGAGCUGGUGGAGCACGUGUUCCCUCUGUUGAACAAAGAGCAGAACCAGGCCUUUGUCAUGCCCGAGUACAGCUCCUUCUGUUACUGGAGACAGCCCAUACCAAACAUCGACCCAGAUGAACUGCUCUGAUCCGGCACAUGUGGAUACCCCAGGUAUACGUACACAUUCAAGACUGUGCACUGGACUGGAAACCACGUGUCCCGUCUUUGCUCCAGAAUACUUGGACACACAAAAUUUUGGUUCACUUUAAUUACCGAUUAUAGAUGAAGUGGAAGUGGUUUCCAGACCGGCAAAUCCUGAUUGAUAGUCGCUGAAAGGUCUCAUCCCACGCAGAAAGGAGUCCCCAAGUAAAAUCCUUAUUCUUAUUUCCUGAUGCCUGUGAAGGCAGCAUAGUCACGUGAACUCUCUGUGGUGCACUGCACAGGGACAGAGAUCUGAAGUCUUUUUGUCUAAAACCUUCAGCAGAGAGGAUGAUCAUCUUUUCCGGGGAGCAACAGAGGACCAUUAUCCAGCAGCACUCACGGAAGAAUUUCUUUUUUCCUUUUCCUUAUCUUUGGAAAUCUCUACGGAAGUGAGGUCUAACAUUCAAAGUGUUAAGAGACACACUGUUAAUUAAAACAGGAAAUGCAGUUAACAUGUUAAAAAAAAACAAAAACAAAACAGCAGUCGUGUGCUGGAAGUAUUUGCUGAGGCUGCUGCGUUUGCGAGACACAGGUACGCAAUCAUUCUUUGUAGUUUUCUGUUGUUAAAAACUAAGUGAAGCAGUAGAGAACAGGAAACACACUCCACCAACUAUGAGCUCUUCAGACUGCAGUGAUGAGCCGACGCUGGUGAACUCACACACAUUUCAUAUUUGGUCUCGUUUGUUAAUAUUCAAGGUUGUACCUGGGAUUUAUUUUUCUCAACAAGUAUGUGAAAGGAAAAAAAAAGAAGAAAAAUGAACAACAUGAAGCAGCUUCAUAUAAUAUUGUCUUGCUGUUAUUUUAAUGUUUAUUCUGUUAAAAACGAGCUCUGGCGGCUUAAGUAUGUUUGUGUCAACGGUGCAGUCAUUAUUUAUGAUAAUUGAAAUGUCUAAGUUAUUGAUUUCUAUUGUGACGUCUUUUUGCUCGUUUGCUCGGAAAACAGGAAUCACAUAAUGCAAAAAUGUGGAAAUGCGUCAAAUUGUAUUUUGGACGUUUGGUCACAGGUUACCAUGCACUUAACAGGAACAGCUAGGCCUUUUAUGAACUCUCGAUUUUUAUUUUUGGGUGUGUCUUGGAUCCCGUUUUUCAUGGUGACCUCCUUUUCCUCGUUUAACAAUGAACCUCUCAACAUGUGAUCGACACAUUCCCGAGCAAACCUCGGAACCUGCAGCUUUAGUAUUAAAAAUGGGAGUAAAAUGUAAAGGGAAUAUGUUGGAAUAGUGGAAAUAAGAU